AGUUCUGCAGUCUGUAGCGCCGGUGCUCGCGUUCAGUCGUCUUCGUUAAUUUGAACACGCUCCUCGGCCUCGUCUUUUAGCAAGCCAGUCUUCUCAUAUAACGUAGAGCGACCGCUCUUUUGUUUUUCCUGUUUUUUUUUUUUUCUCUCUCUUUCCACCAGCGUGAGUUUCCAAAGGUGAAUGCACCUGUACGAGCGCGGCUUUCAACGAGAAUUCUAUCGCGACUAACGUGAUUGCAAACAUACAUCCCUGUAAUUCGUCGAACUCGACGAGACGUUUUCAGUUCAACUUCGUGUUCGUCGCGGAGGAUCGGUAUAAGUAAUCGCGUUGAAUGCGUGGGAAAUAUCGUUUCCACCGCGAGCGCAGCUGUUCCGCUUUUGCGUGUUGAGAAUGUUCCUCGUCGCGCCGGUCGACAACAAUCGUUGGGCAUACACUAUGCACGGAUUGGAGAAGCCUAUGGAUCACGUAUCCGCUGGAGGCCUGAUGGCGGGUUCCGUGGCGACGUUGGCGAUUCUCUGGGUCUCUCUGCAAACCAUGGGAUUCCUUGGGACUUCGCACACCAUCGGCGCCUAUAAAUUGCCCAUGUCUCUGCAGAAUUAUCUCGCCAGUUACACGGGUAUCCUUUCAGGUUUGCCGAUGUCGAACUACCCUUACGAGGGCGGCGUCGUAGACACGGGUCGUUUCCAUAAUCGACGUUACCCUCACAUUGACGAGGCGGUCUUGAACAACUCGAUCAGUUUCGCGCAAAGCUUGGUCGAUCGUAUGAGCACCCUCGAAAGGAAUAUCGCGAACGCUGGCGUCGAAUUGAUGGCUCACACGCCGGCUGGAAAGCAAUUCCUUGAUUCAUAUCCUUCCGAGGAUGCUUUCGAGAGAGGCCUCGACGCCAUUGUGGCGAUGAAAGCUUCGUCCUAUCUCCUUCAUCAGAGCUGUCGCAGAUUCGGCUUGGAGAAAGACGACUGCGCCCGUUACAUAUCGACGUUGUCGCUGCAGGGUACACCGUUGGACUCGGCUUGUCCAGGAUCGCGGCACGCCGCCAUCUGCAACCCGAUGGCCAAGUAUCGAAGCUUCGACGGCUCGUGCAACAACGUGGAAAAUCCAAGCUGGGGUAGUGCGAUGACCGCGUACACCAGAAUUCUCUUCCCCCAAUAUUUCGACGGAAUUCAAGAGCCGAGGCGCAUUGGGCAAACGAAAAAGCCGCUGCCAGGUGCCAGGAGCGUGAGCGUUGCUCUAUCGACACCCAACGAUCAGUCGGAUGUCAGCAGAACAUUGACGGUCAUGCAAUGGGCCCAGUUUAUUGCCAACGAUAUCUCGUACACUCCGAUGCGCAAGAUGGUGUCAUCAGGAAAGCCAAUCUCGUGUUGUCGGUCGGAUGGAAACCCAUUGUCACCUCGGUAUGUACAUCCUGAUUGUUCGCCGAUCACGGUACCCGACAGAGAUCCCGUUUAUGGCCAGCAUUACGUACGAUGCAUGAAUUACGUGCGAUCGUUGCCGGUUCUCAGGUCAGAAUGUACAUUUGGCCCUGCGGAACAGAUGAACCAAGCGAGCCACUUUUUGGAUGGUUCCGCGAUCUACGGUUCCACUUUGAAGAAAUCUCGCGAACUACGCGAGUUCGAUGGCGGCCGGUUACGCGUUCACAAGGACAACAAGCACGAGUUCUUACCGAUCGGAGGGACUGAAUGCAAGGAUGGCUGUUAUGAUUCCGGUGAUUAUCGCGUAAAUACGCACCCCCAAUUGGCUGUGAUGCACACUAUCUGGCACCGUGAACACAACAGAAUCGCCAACAAGCUUGCCGAACUGAAUCCCAACUGGUCGGACGAGACACUGUAUCAGGAAGCCAGGCGUAUAGUAAUUGCUGAAAUUCAGCAUAUUACGUACAAAGAAUGGCUGCCGAUAUUGCUUGGCAAGAAGUACGCUCGGGCUGUUGGUCUUGUUGUUGAAAGUAGCUACAAUCGUAACUACAACUCCGAGGAUGAUCCAGCAGUUAGCAACGAGGUCGCUACAGCGGCAUUGCGUUUCGUGAUUUCCUUGAUGCAAGGAAAGAUCAGCUUAACAGAUAAUAAACGCCAGAACAAUAAAACAGUUACAUUGGCGGAAUAUUUCUUCAAGCCAACGAUAAUCGAGUCGGAUGAAGUGUUCGACGAUUUAUUGCGUGGCAUGGCUACUCAGAGCAGCCAGAAGAUGGAUAUUAAUAUAGUCGAAGACAUAACAAGCAAGUUGUUUGCUUCAAAUGAAGAGAGCCUAGGUUUAGAUGCCAUCAGUUUAGAUAUUCAGCGUGGUCGUGAUCACGGUUUGCCGGGAUAUAAUCAUUACCGCAAAUAUUGCGGUCUUCCAUCUGCGAAGAGCUUCGAUGAUUUCCUAGAUUACAUUCCAAUGGAGAUGAUAAAGAAAUUGCGUACAGUUUACGCCCAUCCAGAUGACGUUGAUCUCAUUAUUGGUGGUAUGGCUGAACGGCCAGCAGAAGAUGGAUUAUUGGGUCCAACUUUCCGUUGUUUGAUCUUUGAACAAUUUUCGAGAACUCGCCGCACCGACAGAUUUUUCUAUGAUUCUGCGUAUCAACCACAUCCUUUCACCCCUAAACAAUUAGCGGAAAUUCGCAAUGUAACGCUAGCGAGAGUAUUUUGCGCCAAUGGUAACCACAUUACAGAAAUGCAACCAAAUGUAUUCCUUCGACCACAAUUAGGAAAUGAGUUGAGGUCCUGCACGAUGUUCGAAGCGAUUCCGAGCGUGGAUUUAUUCGCCUGGGCAGAAAGGGCCAAGGCUUAUCGUUGAACUUCCCCUCUUAAUUGGCUGGUCACAUUGCCGCAUCGGUUCGCCUGGGUCGCGGGACGGGCGUAAUUUACAAACCACAAGACCACGAUAAGAUAUAGUAUAAUCGCGAAAAGAAAGAAAGAAAGAAAGAAAGAAAUAGCGAUUGACUCCUACCGAAUCUCGUCGCAAUCUUAUCAACACGCUCGAGAUCAGGGAAAGAAGAAAAAAAAAAAAAAAAGGAACGAGAGACGGAGAAUUUUCACUCAAGAGAAGAACGACGAAUAACGGGCACGAUGAAGGGAAACGAGACAGUUUAGUAGUACAUGCACGCUACACGAAAAAUUCAUUGAACAAUAACGUAAUAAAAAGCAAGGUGCAUCCAAUACACGUGACUAGUCGAUUAAAGCGAAACUACGCUAUGGGGCUGUGCUACAGUACGUGAACUCAGUCGAGAGGAGGGAAGAACAGAGGGAUGAGUGUAUCGUUUAAUAAAAAGAGGGGGGAAGAACAUAAUUAGCCAGACGGUUUUGAUCGGAGUGGCGCUUUUAGAAUAACUUGCGGAACAAUGCGCGGCCGACUCGUCUAAUCUUUACAUGAGAGUGCAUGUGGAAAGCUAGAAGUCGUACGCUAAUUCUUGUUAAUCCUACGCUUAGAGAGUAUAUUUGUUUCUUAGUUCAACCGGUCAUGUUGCUCGAUUUUUAUUCGUUUUCAGAUAUUCAUUGCAAUUUGUUCCUCCAUUCGCAUUGUCUGUUCAAAGAUUGAAGAGAGAUUGUUGUAACAAGGAGGUAGUUUCACUUUUAAUUUUAAUAAACCAAAACAAAAAGGCGAUAAAAGAUCUUGAUGAAAUAGACGUUUUGAUGAAAUAGAGCUAUGUAAGAAAAGAAUACGUGAAAAGUGCAGCUGCCUCUUUGAAAAGGGAGGAGUUUGGUUUUUACUUGUUAGGUAUACAUUUCUCUUUCAUAUUUUCACAAAGGUAUACGUUACCUAAGUUAUUAAGAUCGUACUUUAUUCUUAUGAAUCAGAGCAGCGUGACGUCUUGAAUGCUGUGUUAUAUAUACAGGUGAAUGUGUGAGCGAGAGUCUUCGUGUUUAUUGAAUUCUUAUCCUUUUUUUUUCUCUCUUUUAAAAUGAUCUGGCGUUUUAAAUGAUCUAAGCGGAGUAAUCGCAGAAUAUUCAAAGUCUGAGCGUAUACUUGAAGAACGCACUUUUGUGUGUAAAGUAAUUAUACUACUUUUAUUUUAAGGUUCAUCGCCAGAGCUAAAAACAAUCUUUCAAUACAAUUGCUGCAUGAAACUGUUGGAAAAUUUUAUCAAAGAUAUUGUGAUAAUUGUGAUAUCGAGGACAAUUCAGUUAUUUAGAAAUUUUGAAUUGUACUUUUGUUAAAUUAAUUCGUACUAACUAAUCAAUCGAAAGCAAAAUAAUUUCUACAUUGGGUACGUUCUUGGGGGGAAAGUUUUAUGUUAUCCAACAAAAGGAAGUUAUUUCAUUUCUCGAAUAUUGUAUUAUACCAAGUUUAGCUAUACGUACAUUUUAAAUUAACGACAAAUAAAUCGAAAGUACACUAUGAGACCACAGUAUAAUGUGAUAGAGUAACACGAUGGAAUAUUGAAAGAACAACGUUAAAAUGGCUCGAAUAAAAUUAAGUGAAACGCGUUAAUAAUUUUUAAAUUGAAUAAUAACUUUUCAUUAAAGCAAUGCAUUCAACUACGUGGGAAGAAAGAAAAUAAGGUAUGGCAAGAGUUUAAUCAGAUGAAUCGGAAGUCGAAAAGAUUUGAAAAAGAUUGAGCAAUAAGUUGUGGAAGAAUAAUCGAUAUUAUAACAGACGAAUAUUGCACUAUUUUUAUGUAUUGGAUGAAGAAGUGAGUUUACGAUAAGAUCAAAGUAUUGUGGAACAGAUAUGGUGCUCAGAAGCCAAGCAGGUUUGAGCAACUCUAUGAAUUGAAACGUAAAGGAAAAUUACGAACGUUAUUUUUGUAAAUGUACCUUCAAAUUUAUAAUUGCACAUCCACUACUCCAUUUAAUGAGUAAAAACAAGUCUUUCGUUUCUUAAGGUGUUAAAUAUUGUCUAAAUCACCUAAAUAUUAUAUACAUUUGCUUGUCUAAAUUUAUGAAAUUGAGAAGUCGACCAAUUUGGUUUCUGAGCAGUUCAAAUGCAAACAGAGAAUACGAGAUCAUUCUGUAAUUAUAAUAAAGAAUAGCAAUACAUUUGGUGCACAAUAUUUUUCUAAUUAGCAGGAAAUCCUUGCUCAUAUCUUGAAAUAAGAUUUGUAUUGAUACUUUUAAGGAAAUAUAUCUGGUAAUCAAACUUUCUAGUUAAUGUAGUGUUAUUAUAUAUAGUGUGAUAUAGUAGUUGAUCUUUAAUUACGCAUCCCGUUUAUUAUAAUCACACUGGUCUCAAUUUUGCAGUUUUCAAUUUUUGUAUGAACGUAAUUAAAAUAGAAACUUAUUUCCAAUAUUGGAUUUCGUAACAAGCUGUACUUUGGACACUUUAUUUAUGCCUGUAUGCUUGUUUUGUACAUUCUCUCUGCUUAAUCUAAUUACUAUGAACAGUUGGAAUUGCUCUAGAAUUCUUCAUUCAAGCCGACACACCGAGAACUGUUGAAUAUCGAUUGUUGCGUGGAAAGAUUACACGUUAAUACAGCUUUCUUUUAAAUACUCUCAACCAAUUAACUGCCAUUUCAAAUCACUCGCGUUCUUUUUCGUUCGCAGACAUCGUCACUUCUUUAUUUAUUGCCACGUUUUUGCCAAAAUGAAAAUUUGAAAAAGGGAAACUCUGCUCAGCGUUUACGUUUGGUUUGCACGACUGUAGAACAACUGAAGUAUGUUUCUUUUUCUUUUUCCUUUUAGGAGUAUAUGGAGUAUGACUGAUUAGUUUUUAAGAAGAGAGUAAUAUUGUUGAACGUUUUGUACGUAAUUAGGAUUAAUUGUACUUAAGAUGUCCGAUACGAUUGAAAGCUUCGAUCGAAAGUGAUUGAAAGUGAGAUUAAUCGUAUCGCGAAGUUAGAAAAUAAAGGUCUUGAUCCUGA